AUGGAGAUAUCAGCGAUUGGAAGCUCGCAGGUGAAUUUCGGAAAAACUAAUGUUGGGUUCUGUAGUUUUAGCAAGAACCUGAAUUCUAAGAUUUACAAUUCAAAAAAUAAUCCAAAAACAUGCAAUUUUUGUCAAGAUCAAAACAUUGUGUGGCAUACGAAAUCUUCCUUUGGUAUCACCCUUAAAGCCUCCAAUAUUCGGGCAGAAGCUGCUGUAAUUUCUGAGAAAGCUUCAAAAAUUACAAGAAGAAGGCCUGUUGAUGGCGUAAAAUUAUAUGUCGGACUGCCACUUGAUACUGUAUCCGACUCUGGUACAAUAAACCAUGCACGGGCAAUUGCUGCUGGACUGAAGGCUUUGAAGUUAUUGGGUGUAGAGGGUGUGGAGCUCCCCGUGUGGUGGGGAAUAGCUGAGAAGCAAGCAAUGGGGAAAUAUGACUGGACUGGGUACCUAGCUCUUGCAGAAAUGGUGCAGAAAACAGGUCUUAAGCUUCACGUAUCACUGUGUUUCCACGCAUCCAAUGAACCCAAAAUCCAACUUCCUGAAUGGGUUUCUCAGAUUGGCAAAUCCCGACCAGAUAUUUACUUUGCUGAUCAAUCAGGACAGCCUUAUAAAGACUGUCUAUCUGUAUCUGUGGACGAUCUUCCUGUUCUAGAAGAAAAGACACCGAUUGAAGUGUACAUGGGGUUUUGUGAGAGCUUCAAGUCAUCGUUCUCGGCUUUCAUGGGUUCCACAAUCACGGGCGUAUCAAUUGGUCUUGGACCAGAUGGCGAGCUUCGGUAUCCAUCUCAACGGCAGUCACCCAAAGACAGUAGUCAACCUGGAGCUGGAGAAUUUCAGUGCUAUGACAAGAACAUGCUAAGCAAUCUUAAGCAGCAUGCAGAAAAACUUGGGAAUCCUCUAUGCGGAUUAGGUGGCCCGCAUGACACCCCCAGCUACGACCAGUCACCAAUCUCGAAUGGCUUCUUUAUGGAUGGAGGAUCUUGGGAGACCCCAUAUGGAGACUUCUUUCUUUCUUGGUACUCAAGCCAGCUAGUAUCUCAUGGAGAUCGAGUUUUGACACGUGCUGCCGAAACAUUUAAGGAUGUCUCUAUUUCCGUGUCUGGUAAAGUCCCUCUAAUGCACUCGUGGUAUAGAACCCGAUCCCACCCUUCAGAGUUGACUGCUGGAGUCUAUAACACGAUCAAUAGAGACGGUUAUGAGGCCAUUGCUGAAAUCUUCUCAAGAAAUUCGUGCAAUAUGAUACUUCCUGGAGUGGACCUAUCAGAUGAUCACCAACCAAAUGAAUUCCGGUCGAGCCCAGAAUUAUUGCUUGCACAAAUAAUGUCGUCAUGCAGAAAGCAUGGAGUAGAAGUCUUGGGCCAAAACUCGUUGGUUUCAGGUGGUCCAAAAGUUAUUGAACAAAUCAAAAAGAACUUGUUGGAUGAAAAUGCAGUCGACUUGUUUACGUAUCAAAGAAUGGGAGCUUAUUUCUUUUCUCCUGAUCAUUUCCCGUCGUUUACUCAAUUUGUUCGGAGCCUAAAACGUCUAAAUCUGCACUCGGACGAUCUACCACGGAAAGAUGACGAAGCUGCUAACUCUCUUCCAGAUAACAAUCUCCACAGGCAAGUUGCUUAA